AUGUGCCUCCUCGCGUCGCGCAACUGGGACCGCCUGGAGGCACGAGCCACGAUCCGGAUGCGGCCGCCGCGCACCGACGAGGAAGGACGCGCCGGCAAGGCCCGCCAACACCUCGCAGCGGGAAACAUCUCCAACGCAUACCGCACCCUCGCAGAUGACUCCACGCAACUGGACAGGGCCGCUUACCACCGCCUGCUGGACGAGGGGCGGGCGGCCAUUGAGGAGGCCCACUCACGGGACCGCCGCGCCAAUCCCCCGCAGAAGGUCGUGCUGAGCAGGAGCAUGCAGAAGCUGCGCUGGUUUGCGCUGCCCACAGACUACAUGGCUGCACCACCGCCAUCAGUAACGGAGGUUACAGCACAGCAGCAGCAGCAGCAGCAGCAGCAGCAGCAGCAGCAGCAGCAGCAGCAGCAGCAGCAGCACGCGUUCACAGGAGGGCAUGGUGGCGGCGUUGGCAGAUAUGAUGCUGACAACAGCAGCGACGAGAAUGGCAGCCCUGUGCUCUUGCAGGCGUGGGCGAGUGGUGAUGACGACGACGGCGACGGCGUCGGUGGCAAUGGCGGUGAUGGUGUUGCAAGCAGCACCAUCUCAUCUGACGAGGAGGCCGAGUUGAACGGACCCGUCUGCUACAACUGCAACGGCCAGCCCAUCGCCGAGGAAGUGGAGGAGGCAGAGCGGCGUCGACGUCGCGCGAAAGCCCAGCGCGUGCUUGACGGGUUUGUCAAGGCAGGCGACCUGGCUGUCCAGGGAAGUGGCGUGGACCCGUCUCUUGCAGGCCUGAUCCUCGGCGUGUGCAUCUGCUUCACCUUUGGGCGCCAGUGGUGCAGUGGCCUCUUCUCCUGA